AUGCGGACGCUUCUCUUGAUAUACUUCGCGACGUUAGUGCAAAGUGAUAUUAAGGGUGAAGUGAAGUUAAGGCACGCAAGGACCUUGAUAAGGCAUGGCCGUUCGAGGGUGCACUUUGCACGCCUUCACACAAGGUCGCGGGACCUUGUUCCUCAAGUUAUAGAAGCUGAAAUUACAAGUGAAUUAGCUCAUACGGCGCUUUCACGCCGUGACUGCGUAACAGCUCAAUAUCAAUCACACUGCAACCACGCAGACACAAGUAUCCUCACGAACGGACAACGACGUUUUGUCGAGUACUAA